ACAAUUUUUUUGAAAUAGUAAAAUUUUAAUUAUGUGCUAAAAUAUAGAAUUUGUUGGAACCAAGCUGGAAAAAUAACUGUGAAGGUCAGUUAAAUUAUAAAACAUGAGGUAACRUUCUCCUUUUUUCAUUUAAUUGGUGUGUCGAUGACAAAGACAAAAUGUAUUUAUUAAGUGGUCUGUUAAAAGUGAUAAAUGAGAAGAUGGACCACAGUAAUCAGACACAAAUAGUGUGUCCACAAAACUUUGCGGUCUACACAAAAAGUUCUUAAAAAUACAAAUGUGCUUUUCCGGUUUAAAGAUUAAACAAAUUUGAUGAAUUCUAAUCCUGAGGAGGUGAUGCAAAAUGUUCAUUUACUUUUUUGCUGUUAUAGCAUGACAGAUUAGUAAACAUCCUAAUUAGAUUUUGAAUUGCACCAGUAUUUCUUUCACUCUUGUGAUGAUGAAGAGAAACUUGCCUGUGCCUUUGUCUCCUCCAAGGCUUUACUGUGCUUUUUGUUUGUUUGAAUCAUAAAAACACAAAUUUACCUCCAUAUAAUGGGAUUUCUGGUAAAAAAAAAAAAAUCUUCAGAAACUUUAAUUUAUUCAAAACAGUGCAGUCAGUAUUUCAUUAAGAGCUGGUAAAUUAGAAUAUAUUACACCCUUUCUCCAAAACCUUCACAUUACCUUCAGAGUUCAUUACAAGAUUUCUCUCAUUAAACUCACUUUUCUGCCCUCAUCUUGUUCUCUCUGAUCACAGAACAUAAAUUUUCUCCAUCUCCCUCAAACUAAGCUAAGGACCAUGAAAUAUUGGUUUAUUUAGAACCAUUUGGACUUAGUUGUGCUGACCAUCUCGAAUGUUCAAAUCAUGAUUGUGCCCCCCUAAAAAACACCUUGGCCACCCCUUACAAAACAUCUGGAUUUGCCACUGCAACUCUUGAUGCUCACUGGAAUGUUGAUGUGCGCUCCCACUGUGAGACGUUUACUUUCCAUGUUAAAGUUGGAAGUUUAGUCCAGGUUAUUGACUAUCCGUACCAAUGUGUGGACUUUUCUCUUUCACUCAAACAUUGUUUGAUUGGUUCUGCCAGGUUAAAGCUGRAGGAUGGAGAGCACAGAACAAAAUAGUUGGAAUAGCCUUUAGUGAUCUGCCUGAAGCUGGAAUCUGACGAGCACAGUUUCUGUCCUCCCAGGUGUGUGAGUGCCCGGAUGAGAUUUGGCGCGCCAAACCCAAACUUUACGCACAGUGCGCGCGCACAUGCACUCUAUCGUGCGCGCGCACAUACACCGGCUCUGAAGCAGCUGCAGGUGUUUGAGACAAUGACGGAUUAAGGUGUUCUCAGGUGCCAUGUUCUAAUUCACACGGUUUUGGACCUCAGAAUCCGGUCCUGGCAGGGCACCGAUCCGGGUUCGAUUCUCGUUUCCGCAUUCCCGCAGCCGCCGCGCGCACUGCAGGUGCGGGACMAAGAUCCAUGAUCACAACAGAAAAACCGGUCCGUCCGGCUCAACUACCCGGACCGGUCCCCGGCACCGGCAGGAGGACAAACCGAAGCAGCGACAGGCUGAUGGGGACUUAGGACUGAGUCGGGUUCGGUUCGGUGUUGGAUGUCCCUUCACGUCCCGGGAUGGAGAACUGCUGUCGGUCCUGUUGUCCCUGUUUGAAACGCCUCUGGAACUGGAUCUGGCCCGACGUUCGCUACCCGAGCGUCCCGAACAACAACCACCUGGUCAUCGCCAACCCGGCCCAUGCGUCCGAGAUCCGAACCGUGUCGGGCGACAUACGCGUGCCGUCGCCCCAGAAGCGUCCGGUCCAGCUGUAUGCGGCGCUUUUUGACUUCGAGGCCCGGAGUGACGAGGAGCUGUCGGUGCGGGAGGGGGACAAGCUGUCCGUGAUCGAGAAGAGGGGGGAGUACGUGCUGGCCACCAAGCUCACUGGGUCCCGACAGUCCGGACUCAUCCCGGCCAACUACGUGGCUCUGCUGCAGGACGAGUUCGCCAAACACAAGUGGUACUAUGGGAACAUAAAUCGCAGCAAAGCUGAGAAGCUGCUGCUGGCUUCCCAAAACAAAGAUGGAGCAUUUCUGGUUCGCAUCAGUGAGAGUCACAGUGAUGAGUACACAAUCUCUGCGUGAGCUGUUUGACAUGGAGUCCUGGGAGAGACCACGGGAGGAGUUCCAACUUGUCAGAAGGCUGGGAGAGGGACACUUUGGAGAAGUGUGGGAGGCGUUCUGGACCAAAGAGAAAAAGAAAGUAGCCAUAAAGACACUAAAACAAGAGGAUACAAAGCAAGACGAGUUUGUAAAGGAGGUUCAGGCGCUCAAGAGCCUUCAUCACCCCAAGCUGAUCCAGCUGUUAGCCAUGUGCUCCAGAGGAGAGCCAGUCUACAUUGUCACUGAACUCAUGAGCAAAGGGAGCCUGAAGUCCUACCUCGCCUCUCCUGAAGGCCACUUGCUGACAUCAGCUCAUCUUAUCUACAUGGGCAGUCAGAUUGCAGAUGGCAUGGGCUACCUGGAGGACAGAAGCAUCGUCCACAGAGACCUGGCUGCCAGGAACGUUCUGGUGGGAGACCAUCUGGUCUGCAAGGUGGCUGAUUUUGGUCUGGCUCGAAUAAUAAAAGACAGCGUAUACAAAGCCAGUCGAACCACAAAGAUUCCAGUUCGGUGGACAGCUCCUGAAGCAGCACUCCACCAGCGCUUCUCUGUAAAAUCAGAUGUUUGGUCAUUUGGCGUGCUGCUGUUUGAAAUGAUGUCACACGGCAAAAUGCCUUAUGAAGGGAAAAGUAACAAGGAAGUGUUGGACAUUUUAUCAUCAGGGUUACGGCUGUCAUGCCCACCUCGCUGUCCUCAGAAUAUUUACCGGAUUAUGUUGGACUGCUGGGCUGCUGAGCCCUCAAAAAGACCUUCGUUCCAUGCCUUGCAAAGUCAGCUCGAUGCAAUAUAUGCCAAGAUUUAUUCCAAAACAGUAGAAGUAUAAAACCAGGAAAACUUGAUCGAAUGUGGUAAGGAAUCAUCUCUACCAUAAGAUCCACUUCCACAGCACUAUACAAAAAGACAACAAAAAACUGUGAGAGGAACAACAAGAGCUGACGGACAUGAAUAAAGACAACGGAUCAGAAUCUAAAGAGGAUAAACUGAAAGGACCAAUGAAGAAAACUUCAUUAGAGGCUGGAAAAGUUGUGUAAGCUCUCAAACUUAAGAUGAAACUCAGUAAAUCACAGAACCAACAGAUUUUAAUAAAUACCUGCUGGUAUUUUCUAAAUUGUCAUUUUUUUAUGUGCCAUGUUCAUUCACAGAAUGAACACUUUAAAAUGUCAUGACUUACAAGCCAGGGGAUGUAAAUAUAUUACAUUUUUUAAACUGCAAAACCAGUUGUGAAAACUGAGAUUAUGUGCAAUAAUUAAAUUAAAUGCUGGAUUUUAAGUUUUAAUGAUACUUGGAUUAAAUGGUUUUUCAGUUUAA